AUGCGUUUCUGUUUCCACAUUUCUGGUUCUCCAGGCACAGAGGACAAUGGCUGCAAAGUGAAGGCAGAGCACGGAAGAAGGAUAAAACCUCGACAUAAGUUUACCAAAGAUGAGCAGAAGACACUUAAACAACUGUUUGAAAAUAAUCCUUAUCCAGAUUCCCAAACCAAGGAUAAGCUGGCACAGCAUUUCAAGUGCCAAGUGUAUGUGAUUGAAAACUGGUUUCAGAAUAAAAGAUCCAGGCUAUCACCAACAUUGAAAGGCAAAAAUUUUGCCAUCAAGAGACCACACAAGAGCCAAGACUGCAUGCGUACAGGCCACCAGGAUACCCAGGCGCAAGCUGCCAAUCACACCACUGAGCAAGUCUCUUCUGUGCAGGUGGCUCCAUGGAGUCUUACUGCCUGUUCUGUAGAGAUCCAGGAAGCUUCUGGCUCACAUGACUCCGAGAUCCAAAGCAUCGGAACGAGAUCAAGUGGUGCUGCAUGGCAUCAAGGCACCAGUGGAAGUGGAUCUCCUCUUAACUUCACACCGACAAACUUUGCUCCUCCCCCUAUGGGUGACUGGCCUAAGACAUGGAGAAGCCAGUGUUCUAUGUCCUCUGUCUUAGGAUGUGUUUCUAGUGUUCAAGGGCAGUGGCGGAUGGAUGGUAACUAUUCCUUGCUGUCUCUAGAACAGCAGCAGAAUAAUUGGGGAGAUCAGCCACCACUGCCUCUGAGGGGGGAUUUAGGGCAUCAGGACCAAUUCGGUUCUAUGCCCUCUGCCUUUGGAUGUGUUCCUAGUGUUCAAGGACAGUGGCAGAUGGAUGGUAACUAUUCCUUGCUGUUUCCAGAACAGCAGAAGAAUAACCGGGGAGAUCAGCCACCACUGCCUCUGAGGGGGGAUUUAGGGCAUCAGGACCAAUUCGGUCCAAGUAAUGGAGAUGCAGCAGGCUCUCAGGUGCAGCCUGCACCUCUGCAAGAGGCAGUCAGAGCAUCAAUGCCUUUUUGGCUAGAUGGGCAGCAAGGUGCUGCCAACAGCUGUGUAUACUGCCCAGCAGGAGACGGGUGUAGAUGUAACCAACCGAACCUGACAUUGAAGAACUACCUGCUGCACUAG